UAAACACGGUGUCCCUCCGCGCUGGGCUUGGACAAAGUAGGGCCGAGUCCAAACCGCCGUCCGCGCCACACUUGGGCGAAAGUGAAAGUGGCCGCUCGGACGCACCGCCAGCGUCGCUUCGUCACGUCGUCGACAUUCCCACGCGUGUCGGCAACACUUGAGUGCCACGGAGUUGUGUCGCUGCCAAAGAAUAGGUCAGAAUACACGCCGCUCUCUCUCGUCUACGUUUUUAGACACGGCACCUUCUCGGUGUCUUGCUGGGAGUUUCAUUAAGUCUGCUUUUAGCUGACAUUUUGGAAUAAAUAAGUUAUUAAGACAUUUUUCCGGGGAAAGUCUUGGGACGGCGAGAGGCGUUCUAAGCAAGCGGAGGGAUAUGAGCUAACCGCGGGUUCACAAGCCCCGCCUACUUCCCCGUUCACCUUCCGCCGACCGCGCACGGACGUUUUGAUUGGUCCGGGGGACUCGAAAGGCUCCCAGCCAUUGGUCGAACGCGCUGUCACUCACGCAGCGAUGCCUCUCAGUGCAGCGGAGGCUCCAUUUGCCAUAAGUAAAUAGUUCGCUUUACAUCAACUAACAAGAAUUGGAUCGUUCUCAUCCCGGCGAGCACGGCCGCUACUUGGUGGCCGAGAUUUGGAAGCUUCUGAGCGGACCGCAGCAGAGCUCGCACCCCCCCCCCUUCCAGCGGAUGCGGAUACCCUGAGCGGGAGCUGGCCAGCUGAGGUGAAGGGGAGGGCAGUGGAAUUGAGCGCGGAUGUUUCUGUCCUGGAAGACCAUGAUCUGAGGACCACCUUCGUGCUCAACUCCCGUCAACCCUUUUUUCUUUCCACACACCGCCGGGGCGACAGUCAGCCUCGCCCGCCGUCUCGUGGGGGAAAAAAAAAAAAAAAGCCAGUCCUGACGUGUGCAGAGAGGGCAAGCGGGUGUUUAAAGAAAUAACAGCCUUGUUCGCCUGUGACCCCUGACCUCGCACGCCGCCCCCCCCCCCCAGACCCCCGGCCCUCCCACCGCAGCAGCAGCACCAUGGGGAGGAAAAAGAUUCAGAUUCAGAGGAUCACCGAUGAACGCAACAGACAGGUGACGUUCACCAAGCGGAAGUUUGGCCUGAUGAAGAAGGCGUACGAGCUGAGCGUGCUGUGCGACUGCGAGAUCGCCCUCAUCAUCUUCAACCACUCCAACAAGCUCUUCCAGUACGCCAGCACCGACAUGGACAAGGUCCUCCUCAAGUACACCGAGUACAACGAGCCCCACGAGAGCCGGACCAACGCCGACAUCAUCGAGGCUCUGAACAAGAAAGAGCACCGGGACUCUGAGAGCCCAGACCCCGAGGAGCCCUUCUCCCUCACGCCCCGCACUGAGGAGAAAUACAAAAAAAUUGACGAGGAGUUUGAUAAAAUGAUGCAGAACUAUAGGCUGUCAUCUGCCGUCCCGCAGCCCACCUUCUCCAUGCCCGUCACCGUGCCCGUGUCCAACCAGAGCGCCCUGCAGUUCAGCAACAGCCCGGGCGGCGCUCUGGUCACCACCGCCUCCUACGUCACCUCCGCCCUCACGGACCCCCGCCUCCUGUCGCCGCAGCAACCGACCCUGCAGAGGAACACCGUCUCCCCGGGACUACCACAGCGACCCGCCAGCGCAGGUGCUCUCCUUGGAGGAGAUCUGGGAAACUCCAACGGGGCGUGUCCUAGUCCAGUCCCUAACGGCUACAUCAGCGCCAGGGCGUCGCCGGGCCUUCUGUCCGUCUCCAACGGCAACAGCCUGGUCAAAGUGGUCCCGGCCAAGUCUCCGCCCCUUCCCAAUCCUCAGAUGGUCAACAGCCGCAAGCCGGACCUGAGGGUCAUCACCUCGCAGGGCGGCAAGAGCCUCAUGCAGCUGACAGAAGAAGAGCUGGAGCUGGUGAGCGAGAAUGCUCAGCGGCUCGGCGGCUCGCAGGUUCCACAGCCGCUGAUCACCCCCGUGGUUUCUGUGGCCACUCCCAGCCUCCUGGCGCCUUUCUCCGGCAUGCAGACCCCCUACAACACUGAGUACCAGCUGACGAGUGCAGAUCUCACCGCGCUGCAGACGUUCACGCCACCGGGUCUGGUGCCUGGCAACAUGGCUGCCUGGCAACAGCAACAGCAGCCCGCCGUCACCCAGCAACAGCAGCCGCAGAUCAGCCUGGCGUCGCUCACCAACUUGGUCAUGUGGGGUGCGGACAAGCAGAGUGCGGAGAUGGCAAACUGCAUCUCCAACAUUGCUGCUAACCUCAGGCCGAUGGCUCCCCUCCCCCACGGCGCGGCGCUGACCGUCAACACCAACCCUCACGUCAACAUCAAGUCCGAGCCCGUCUCGCCCAACCGGGACCGCAGCACUCCCGGCGCCACCGCCGGGGCCCAGAUGCACGGGCAGGGCAUGGCCGGGGUGUCCUACGGCCGCUCGCCCGUCGACAGCCUGAGCAGCAACGGCAGCUCGUACGACGGCAGCGACCGCGACGACGGCGCCCUGCGAGGUGGCGGGGGCCCGGACUUCCACCACCAGCCCGGCGCCGCCGGCCUCCUGCAGCCCACCAUGGUCCUGCUCAGGCCCGCCUCCACCGAGUCCCAGGACCAGGACGGCGCCAACGUCAAGAGGAUGAGGCUGGACGCUUGGGUCACAUAAGGGGAUGAACUCCAAGAACUGGUUCACACACACACACACACACACACACACACACACACACACACACACACACACACACACACACACACACACACACUUGUAUUUCUGACCUUCUUGAGACGUGAGAAAAAGCCUCCCUCUUAAGGACCAGCCUUUCUAGAUAUAUAAAGAUGUGUAUUUACAACAUUAAUAAUAUAUACAUACUAUGCAAAUAUAAAAAAAGCUUGUUGUGAAAAAUGAGUUGGAAUUUCACAAGAAAAAGGUCACAAUUUCACAAGAAAAAGGUAGAAUUUUGGCAGUAUUAUAACAAAAGUCAUCAUUUUACUCGACGCAAGUCAAAAUUUAACAAGAAAAACUGAACAUUUGUGCAAUAUUAUGAUAAAAGUUGGAAUUUUACUCAAUAACAGUCGCAAUUUUACAAGAAAAUCUUAAAAUUUGGGCAAUUUUUGUGAAAAGUGUCGUAAUUUUACUCGACAAAAGUCACAAUUUUAUAAGAAAACUUUCAAAUUUUGGCCAUAAUAUAAUAACAAUCGGAAUUUUACAAAGUCAUUACUCAAAAAAUGUCACUAUUUUACAAGAACAACAACAAAAAUUGGCAAUAUUGUGAUAAAAGUCAGAAUUUUAUAUGGCAAAUGUCACCAUUUUGCAUUAAAAAGUAAUAAUUUUACAUUUUAAAAAAAAGUAAUAAUUUUUUGAGAAAAUAUUGCAAUAUUACAGAAAGAAUAUGAGAAAUUGUUCCCAAUUUUAUAAGAAAAAAGUCAACACAUUGUGAGAAAAAGACUGCUUUUAGUUCAAAUGUUUUGUUUGUAAUUGGUUUUUAAUCUUCAUUAUUUACUUCAAGUUAUUACAGUAUGUCUCUAUAUACAUAUUUAUUAAUUUUUAUUAAUUUUGGCCAAAGGGGGCGAAUUUCAACUUCUUACACACACUUGUUAUUACAUAUGUUGGCCAGAGGGGAAGCCCUUCAAAAACAUCUACACACACUUGUUAUUUCAUAUGUUGACAGGUAAUUAUUUUGGGACCACCCUAAUUUUGAUAUAUGUCACCACCAGGGGUGCAAAUGAGACAUUCUCUAUUAGAUGCAAUGGUUUUCAGUAUUGGGACCAUGAUUUCGGUCCUCAUAUGGAAGCUACUUUUCCUUGGUGGUGUCUCAAGAAGGGUAGAAAUACAAGAACACACACACACACACACUCUUGUAUUUCUAGCCUUCUUGAGACGUGAGAAAAAAGCCUCCCUCUUUAGGACCAGCCUUUCUAGAUACAUAAAGAUGUGUAUUUACAACAUUAAUAAUAUAUACAUACUAUGCAAAUAUAAAAAAAGCUUAUUGUGAAAAAUGAGUUGGAAUUUCACAAGAAAAAGGUCACAAUUUCACAAGAAAAACGUAGAAUUUUGGCAGUAUUAUAAUAAAAGUCAUCAUUUUACUCGACGCAAGUCAAGAUUUAACAAGAAAAACUGAACAUUUGUGCGAUAUUAUGAUAAAAGUUGGAAUUUUACUCUAACAGUCGCAAUUUUACAAGAAAAAGCUUAAAAUUUGGGCAAUUUUGUGAAAAGUGUCGUAAUUUUACUCGACAAAAGUCACAAUUUUAUAAGAAAACUUUCAAAUUUUGGCCAUAAUAUAUAUAAAAAUGUCACUAAUUUACCAGAACAACAAAAAAAUUGGCAAUAUUGUGAUAAAAGUCAGAAUUUUAUCAGACAAAUGUCACCAUUUUGCAUUAAAAAGUAAUAAUUUUACAUUUAAAAAAAAAAGUAAUAAUAUUUUGAGAAAAUAUUGCAAUAUUACAGAAAGAAUAUGAGAAAUUGUUCCCAAUUUUAUAAGAAAAAAGUCAACACAAUGUGAGAAAAAGACUGCUUUUAGUUCAAAUGUUUUGUUUGUAAUUGGUUUUUAAUCUUCAUUAUUUACUUCAAGUUAUUACAGUAUGUCUCUAUAUACAUAUUUAUUAAUUUUUGUUAAUUAAUUUUGGCCAAAUGGGGCGAAUUUCAACUUCUUACACACACUUGUUAUUGCAUAUGUUGGCCAGAGGGGGAGCACUUCAAAAAAAUAUACACACACUUGUUAUUUCAUAUGUUGACAGUCAAUUAUUUUCGGACCACCCUAAUUUUGAUAGAUGUCACCACCAGGGGUGCAAAUGAGACAUUCUCUAUUAGAUGCAAUGGUUUUCAGUAUUGGGACCAUGAUUUCGGUCCUCAUAUGGAAGCUACUUUUCCUUGGUGGUGUCUCAAGAAGGGUAGAAAUACAAGAACACACACACACACACACACACACACACACACACACACACACUCUUGUAUUUCUAGCCUUUUUGAGACGUGAGAAAAAAGCCUCCCUCUUUAGGACCAGCCUUUCUAGAUAUAUAAAGAUGUGUAUUUACAACAUUAAUAAUAUAUACAUACUAUGCAAAUAUAAAAAAAGCUUAUUGCGAAAAAUGAGUUGGAAUUUCACAAGAAAAAGGUCACAAUUUCACAAGAAAAACGUAGAAUUUUGGCAGUAUUAUAAUAAAAGUCAUCAUUUUACUCGACGCAAGUCAAGAUUUAACAAGUAAAACUGAACAUUUGUGCGAUAUUAUGAUAAAAGUUGGAAUUUUACUGAUUAAAAGUCACAAUUUUACAAGAAAAAGCUUAAAAUGUUGGCAAUUUUAUGAAAACAGUCGUAAUUUUACUCGACAAAAGUCACAAUUUUUUAAGAAAAGUUUAACAUUUUGGCAAUAUCAUAACAAUAAUCUGAAUUAUAUUUGGCAAAAUGAUGACAAAGGUCAAUAUUCCAAAAAUGCCACUAUUUUACAAGAACACCAAAAAAAUUGGCAAUAAAAUCUAAUCCAUUAUUAUUAUUAUUAUUAUUAUUAUUAUUAUAAUAAAGGUCAGAAUUUUAUUUAAAAAAGUUUAACAUUUUGGCAAUAUCAUAACAAUAAUCUAAAUUAAAUUUGGCAAAAUGAUGACAAAGGUCAAUACUGCAAAAAUGCCACUAUUUUACAAGAACACCAAAAAAUUGGCAAUUAAAUCUAAUUCAUUAUUAUUAUUAUUAUUAUAAAGAUCAGAAUUUAAUAGGAAAAGUUUAACAUUUUGGCAAUAUCAUAACAAUAAUCUGAAUUAUAUUUGGCAAAAUGAUGACCAAGGUCAAUAUUCCAAAAAUGCCACUAUUUUACAAGAACACCAAAAAAUUGGCAAUAAAAUCUAAUCCAUUAUUAUUAGUAGUAUUAUUAUUAUUAUAAAGAUCAGAAUUUAAUAGGAAAAGUUUAACAUUUUGGCAAUAUCAUAACAAUAAUCUAAAUUAAAUUUGGCAAAAUGAUGACCAAGGUCAAUAUUCCAAAAAUGCCACUAUUUUACAAGAACACCAAAAAAUUGGCAAUAAAAUCUAAUCCAUUAUUAUUAUUAUUAUUAUUAUUAUUAUAAUAAAGGUCAGAAUUGUAUUUAAAAAAGUUUAACAUUUUGGCAAUAUCAUAACAAUAAUCUAAAUUAAAUUUGGCAAAAUGAUGACAAAGGUCAAUACUCCAAAAAUGCCACUAUUUUACAAGAACACCAAAAAAAUUGGCAAUAAAAUCUGAUCCAUUAAUAUUAUUAUUAUUAUUAUUAUAAAGGUCAGAAUUUUAUUUAAAAAAGUUUUACAUUUUGGCAAUAUCAUAACAAUAAUCUAAAUUAAAUUUGGCAAAAUGAUGACAAAGGUCAAUACUGCAAAAAUGCCUCUAUUUUACAAGAACAUCAAAAAAUUGGCAAUAAAAUCUAAUCCAUUAUUAUUAUUAUUAUUAUUAUUAUAAUGAUAAAGGUCAGAAUUUUAUUUAAAAAAGUUUAACAUUUUGGCAAUAUCAUAACAAUAAUCUAAAUUAAAUGUAGCAAAAUGAUGACAAAGGUCAAUACUCCAAAAAUGGCACUAUUUUACAAGAACACCAAAAAAAUUGGCAAUAAAAUCUAAUCCAUUAUUAUUAUUAUUAUUAUUAUUAUUAUAAAGAUCAGAAUUUAAUAAGAAAAGUUUAACAUUUUGGCAAUAUUAUAACAAUAAUCUGAAUUAUAUUUGGCAAAAUGAUGACCAAGGUCAAUACUCCAAAAAUGCCACUAUUUUACAAAAACACCAAAAAAUUGGCAAUAAAAUCGAAUCCAUUAUUAUUAUUAUUAUUAUUAUUAUUAUUAUUAUUAUUAUUAAUAUUAUUAUUAUAAAGAUCAGAAUUUUAAAAGAAAAGUUUAUCAUUUUGGCAAUAUCAUAACAAUAAUCUGAAGUAUAUUUGGCAAAAUGAUGACCAAGGUCAAUACUCCAAAAAUGCCUCUAUUUUACAAGAACACCAAAAAAAAUUGGCAAUAAAAUCUAAUCCAUUAUUAUUAUUAUUAUUAUUAUUAUUAUAAAGUUCAGAAUUUUAUAAGACAAAUAUCACCAUUUUCCAUUAAAAAGUAAUCAUUUUACACAAAAAAAGUAAUCAUUUUACGAGGAAAAUAUUUCAUUAUUACAGAAACAUAAAGAAUAUGCCAAAUUGUUCCCAAUUGUAUAAGAAAAAAGUCGACACAUUGUGAGAAAAAGACUGAUUUCAGGCCAAAGGGGGCGAAUUUCAAUUUCUUACACACACUUGUUAUUACAUAUGUUGGCCAGAGGGGGAGCGCUUCAAAAAAAAAUUACACACACUUGUUAUUUCAUAUGUUGACAGUCAAUUAUUUUGGGACCACCCUAAUUUUGAUAGAUAUCACCACCAGGGGUGCAAAUGAGACAUUCUCUAUUAGAUACAAUGGUUUUCAGUAUGAUUUUGGUCCUCAUAUGGAAGCUACUUUUCCUUGUUGAUGUCUCAAGAAGGGUAGAAAUACAAGAACACACACACACACACACGCAUGCGAACAUGUACACUCGCGUUUCCUCACACAGACCUCGACACCAGAACCACAACCAGACCGCGUCUGGGGCGUCAUUCGAGUCUUUUAGCGGCCGCGUAGAACCCUUGACAGGCAGGAAAAACAUUUCCCAGCAUGCUUUGCGUGCACCACUUUGCAUGUCACGGCGAGUCGUCGUCGUCCGCGUCGCUCGCGUCCGUCUCCAAAGUCGAUCCACGUUUCGAAAGACGCGGGAAAAGUCCGCCCGGGUCGGACUGAGGGGUCCCGAUUGGACCUGGCUGGAACGGUUUGUCGCCGCGCGGAAAUCAGGGAUGUGUGUGUGUGUGUGUGUGUGUGUGUGUGUGUGUGUGUGUGUGUGUGUGUGUGUAUGUGUGUGUGUGUGUGGUCCUUCGGUCAGAUUGGAUGUCGAUGAAGUGAAGCGUGUCGGGGCGUGUACAUAAAUAAUAAUGUGGCUUUGCGUGUGUGUUGAAGAGUUUUAUUGAUAAUAAUAAUAAUAAUAAUAUUCAUAAAUGACGUCACAGGGAUUGUACAUAGCAGCUCAGUAUUUGGCAGGAAGCAAGACCAGGCAGAUUCUCAGUGGAACUCUUUUCUUAUCGUUGACUAUUUAUGCGUGUACAGAAAUAGUGUCAUGGGGUGGAGCAGCCACCAGAGGGCGCCGUGGGGGACAGAAAAGGGAAGAGUUUUUCAGUCAUCGAUGAGGAAGUGCACUUUACCUUCACACACACACACACACUGUACACGUCAGUACACUUCAGAUGUUGCACUUAUUCUCCAAACUCCUGAACUUUAAAUCAGGUUUUAAUUUGUAAUAUUUAAAAAAAUAAAAAUAAAAAAAAACAUCAAAUGUAUGUGGCCACACACUCUAAAAACAUCAUUUUCUUGACAAAUUCGCUAAAAAAAAAUGUAUCUGGGAAAAAAAAUAAUUUUAGCAUUUAUUUAUUGUGUUUGGUAGUUGUUGGUUUUUUUCAGCUAACGUUAAUUUAAUGAUGUGUCGAUGUCAGGCUAAAAUGUUGCUCUGCAGUUCAGAGGCAGCGCCACCAGAUGGCAGUGUUGUCUGCUGCUAGUCUUCUUGCUGUAGAAGUUGUGGUCGCAUUCAAUAUGCCUUUAUGCAACCAAACAAAACAUGGAUUUUGCAAUACACACACACACACACACACACACACACACACACACACACACACACACACACAUAUAUAUAUAUAUAUAUAUAUAUAUAUAUAUAUAUAUAUAUAUAUAUAUAUAUAUAUAUAUAAUGUUUGUGUAUAUAUGUACAUACAUACACAUAUAU